AUCCAUGUUAGGAGUGACAUAACCUUUUGGACUCGAGGGACAGCGCUUCUUCUAUAUCUUUCUUUCUUUAUUUUUUCCACGCCAUCUGCUUCUCCUGAUUGCAUUGCAUAUAUGCAUAUUUCUGGGCCGUCGGUGAAUCCAUUCGAUAAAGGAACUAGGCGCCACUCUUAUCAUCUAUCAUCUAUCUUUUCUUAUUUAUUCUUUCUUUUUUCGUCAUUUUGGUAUUGUAGAUUGAUGAGAUGUCUUGCAUUUAAUAUACCGAGCAUUUCACUUUUCCUUUCUCUUUGCCUUGGUUUGCGUGUGGGCAUAUCCAUGCUUUUACGGUUUUGUCAUACACAACUUGCAAUUAUCUCUCUCUCUCUCUUUGCUCUUUAACUGGAUUCACCCUUCCAUAACUUCAACACAAUGGCCAAAUUUCACAUAAUGGUGGGAAGA